AACUAUCGACUGGGUAUACAGCUCCGCUGGAUAUGUAGGUGGAUAUUUGCCAUCACUGAAUCCCCUCAACUGGUUUAGCAGUUCAAAAGAAACUAAAGCAUCCACUGGAAUCACUGGAACCGCAGAUGCGUCUAAACCCGCAGAUGCGUCUAAACCCGCAGAAGCCCCUAAACCCGAAGAAGCCCCUAAACCCGAAGAAGCCCCUAAACCCGAAGAAAAACAAGACGGCGAAAAAUGA